AUGGCACCGCCGAGUGGUGAGGUUCCUCCGCCGUUAACUUCAACCACCGGCUGCAGCAAUUCUCGAAUUCCGGCAGCUAUGGAAAUGAUUCCGGCAGCCUUUGGAGCAGGGUACAAUUUGACUAAAAUAAAUCUCGGAUUACUCAAAGUCGAGGUCCUAGCGGAAGAGGGCGAGGAGGCCGAUGACGAGGUGGACGAGGUGGACGUGGCCGAGGUAAUUUUGAGAAUGAUAAUGAAGAGUAAACCGGUCAACAGAACUGGUGUGACCGAGGACAAGGAAAAGGCCGAGAAGAUCAAUCAAGAGUUGAGUGUUUUAAGUGUGGCAAGUACGGCCACUAUGCAAACGAGUAGGGUUGAGCUUGAGAAGCUGAAGAAGACGGCUCCUGAAAAGGAAGAGAAAGCAUCUAGCGUUAUUGAACCAGAUAAGAAUAGGGAAGAAGAUGAAGAAGAGAUGAAGGCUAAUGAGAUUUCUACGAACUCGGUUGGAGCAAGCAAUCAUAUGUGUGGGAACGAGAACUUUUUUUAUGAACUCACCAAGGUGGAGGCCAAAUUUGUGUUUUUUGGAGAUGACUCCAAGGUAACCGUGAAAGGGCGUGGAAUAAUUCAGCAUAUUCAGAAUGAUGGACGAGUUGGAGAGAUUAGGGAUGUUUAUUAUGUUCCGGAAUUGAAGAGCAAUAUUUUAAGCAUGGGUCAGAUAAUUGAAAAAGGUAAUUCAAUUUUUAUGAAAAAUCAGGUAAAAGCAAAGAAGAACCAGUUGCAUGAACUAGAGCUGAAAAUAUUGGAGAGAAGAUAUUUGAAACAAGAUAUGACUAGCAAGACCUUCGAUAACUCAAACUCAAAUAUGAUUGAAAGAAGCAAGGGAUGA